UUAAGUUAAGGAUUAAAUUGUGGAAAAAUAUUAUUUGGGCUUAAUAGCCAAGAUUUCAAAAGUUGAGGGGUUUAAAAGAGAAAAGAUUUGGAUAAGGACCGGGUAUUUUUUCUUCUUUCUUUCUUCAGCCUUGCGUGUUCUGCUCUUCUUCUCCUUCUCACCCGCUGCAGCCCCAACAAGAAGCCUAGCCCCGACGCACCUCCCCUUGAGGAAACCGGUAAAGCUUGAUGAUUUUUGCCUUUCUUUUCUUGUUCAAAAACCAGAUUUGGAGCUUAGAAACCUCCCCCCCUGCAGAGAAUUUCCGGAUUUGCUUUGCUCUGUUCUUCACCGCCGGCUGCUCCUGCUUUGUGGGGGCGAAUUGCUUUGGUUUCUGGUAAGAAACAGCCACUAAUUCCUUUGUUCUUUCUUGAAUUGGCUUGGGCUUACUCUAAAUCCUCUUGGUUUCUCCAAUUUUCCGUGGAUUGCGUGAUUUUUCUCCUGCAGAAUUGCCGCCAGCUUCUCCCCCUGCCAGGCCCGGUUCUGCAGCUGGAAAAUUGUGGUAUGUGGCAGCUUCUCUAAGUCCAAAUUUACCCAUUUAAUUGCUGAAAUCAUCCAUGCAAUUGCUGCCCCUGUACUGUUCAAAUUUCUGCUGAAAUAGGGGAAGAAAUUAGCAGCCUUUAAACGUGUUUUUUAGGCUUAGUUCAUGUAGAAGUAAACCUGUUUUGGCUUGAAAUUUAGCUGCUGUUCUGCGUGAAAAUCCUGCUGUUUUGCCAGAUUUUGCGGUUCACGCGUACCAGUUACUGUUCACACAGAAAAUUCUGCAAUUUGCUACUAUUUUCUGCUCCUUUUCAGUCCGUUUCUGCUCUGAAAAAUCUGAUGAAAUAUCCAUUUUUCUGGUCUUUUAGCUGGUUGUAGUUGAAUUCCGGAAAUAUCAGUUACUGUUCAUGGGUAGUGUUUACCAGUACUGUUCACGGGUAGUGUUUACCAGUACUGUUCACAAAUACUGUUCACGCACUGAUGACCAACAAUUAACCGGGAUUUAAAUGUGUCACGCACCCAAAUCCAAAUCCGGGACGUGACAGACGCCGUGCACUCGUGAGAGAAUCCCACAAAUGCACAAGGCUUGGAACUUAUUAUAUUAUAAUCUAAUACCACAAAAUCUGAAUAUAAUAUUUUAAAAUUUUCUCUGAUAUCAUAAAUCUCCAAUAAAGUC